GGUUAGGAAGACAGUCAACCUGAACGUUUCCUUGGACCUCUUGGCUACUGUCCAAAUUGAAACUGAUCCCAAGAGUGGUGACUCCAGAGUGGUCAUGACAGAAUGCGCCAGCGACCCAGACAGCAUCUCAUUCACCUUGUUGGGCGAACACAGUGCAGUGGUCAACAAGCUCACAGGCACCGUGAGCAGCUUCCUGAGCGACACUGUGUCCUUCCUGGUGCAGAGAUACAUGUGCCCACUGAUGCGAAUCUUCGUCUCCACCCUGGGUCCGCAGAUUGCUGAAAAUAUCAUCAAAAAUGGUCUGCAGGUAGCCGACGUGCCAGUCAAAGCGUGAAGAGGGCGGAUGAGGAGGACUGCUGUGAUGCCCCCAACUGAUGAAUUUCCAGUUGCUUGACCAUGUUUCCUUGCAGGAUCUCCCCCUGGGAAGAUACUGCCACCAUCCAACUGGACUGAAAGCCUGAGACCAGAAGAAACCCUCUCAGCCACUCCUUGCCUUCACAGUUGAGACAGCAGUCUAUGCUCAUCACCCGCCCCCUCCCCCCAGCAAUAAAGGCCACUUCUGCAUCC